AUGGUCAGGGCUGCUCAAAAAGCCGAAGCCCAUGAUUCGGAAGACGAAGAAAAGAAAGAUGAGGAUUCAGAGGACCUGAAUCAGCCACGGCGGGUCAAAGCAAAAGCAAAAGCCAAAGGUAAAGCAAAGGCCAAAGCUAAAGGCAAAGCUAAAAGUAAGCCAAGAAUGACCCCAGAAGAUGUGCAAGCUGCCAAGCAGGUUUAUGACCAGGAGAUGCUGGAGUUCUUCCGCGAUGAUCCUGCAGAAGACAGUUCGAAGGAAAGCCCUGAGGAAGCCCCCAAGAAGGCCCCAAAGAACAAAGACCCGAAGAAGAAGGACCCAAGACAGAGUCAGAGUGACCCAACGCAGAAGGACCCAAAGCAGAGUGACCCAAAGCAGAAGGACCAGAAGCAGAGUGACCCAAAGCAGAAGGACCCGCAGCAGAUUGACCCGAAGCAGAAGGACCCGAAGCAGAGUGACCCAAAGCAGAAGGACCCGAAGAUGGAUAAGAAAGCCCCAAAGCCACCCCCCAGGAAAGGCAAAGCUGCUAUCCCGUCGGAGAGUGAUGCAUCUUCCUCAAGCAGCCAAGAGAAUGAUGACGAUGAUGAGGCGACAGAUUGUGCAGCUGACAAGGUUUCCACGGAUGAUGACCACAAGGACUCAAGUUUGCUUCUGAUAGUAAGAGUAAGAAUCAAAUUUCUGCAUUGUGUGCUUAAGGACGUCACAAUCAGGUAUUCCAAUGCUUACCAAAAGGUAAGGGCCAAGAGUGGAAAGUCGGAGAAGAAGGUUCUGUCGGAGGUUGCGAUGCUUAAGAAAGCUGUGAAGCAACUCGUGCAUCCGUCCCGUAAAAUCCUGGACCAAGUGUCCGGCUGGACAAUGAGGGCACCGAAGAAGACCGAUGCAGCGGCACCGAGCAGCCUUCAAGUGCAGCUGUCAGGUAAAUUCUACAUCUACCAGGUCAGCGAGUCUCGUCUCAAGAAAGUGAACGAGAAGCACAACUUGAACCACAAGGCUGAUUGCUCAUAUCCUGCCAAGCUAACCUGCUGA